UCCUUGGCCACCGCACCUGGGGAGCGGUCGCACCGGCGCCGUGGUGGCAUCGGGGUACACUGCGGGUGGAGCGAAGCGGAGGAAGGUGCACGAUGGCGGCCACAGCCUACGAGCAUCUGAAGCUGCAUAUUACACCUGAAAAGUUUUAUGUGGAAGCUUGUGAUGAUGGAGCAGAUGAUGUACUCAUCAUUGACCGCGUGUCUACAGAGGUCACCCUUGCAGUCAAAAAAGAUGUUCCCCCUUCUGCUGUUACAAGACCAAUAUAUGGGAUAAUGGGCACAAUCCAUCUGGUGGCAGGCAAUUAUCUUGUUGUCAUUACCAAAAAGAUGAAAGUAGGUGAAUUUUUUAAUCAUGUAAUCUGGAAAGCCACAGAUUUUGAUGUUCUUUCUUAUAAGAAGACAAUGUUACACUUAACUGAUAUUCAGUUACAAGAUAAUAAAACUUUCCUAGCAAUGCUAAACCAUGUCUUGAGUACGGAUGGAUUUUACUUUUCAACAACAUAUGACUUGACCCAUACUUUGCAACGGCUAUCUAACACGAGUCCAGAAUUCCAAGAAAUGAGUCUCCUAGAAAGGGCAGAUCAGCGGUUUGUAUGGAACGGGCAUCUGCUCAGAGAACUGUCUGCUCAGCCAGAGGUCCAUCGGUUUGCUCUUCCUGUGUUGCAUGGCUUUAUUACUAUGCAUUCAUGUUCUAUUAACGGGAAAUAUUUUGAUUGGAUUCUCAUCUCCCGGAGGAGUUGUUUCAGAGCCGGUGUGCGUUAUUAUGUGAGAGGAAUUGAUUCUGAAGGCCACGCAGCUAACUUUGUAGAAACAGAACAGAUUGUGCACUACAGUGGGAACAGGGCUUCAUUUGUACAGACUCGAGGAUCAAUACCUGUUUUCUGGUCACAAAGACCAAAUCUAAAGUACAAACCAGAUCCACAGAUCAACAAAGUAGCAAAUCACAUGGAUGGUUUCCAAAGGCAUUUUGAUUCACAAGUAAUUAUUUAUGGAAAACAAGUAAUAAUUAAUCUGGUGAACCAUAAGGGAUCAGAGAAACCACUUGAGCAAACAUUUGCAAAAAUGGUGUCAUCCUUGGGAAGUGGGAUGAUCAGAUAUAUUGCCUUUGACUUCCAUAAGGAGUGUAAAAAUAUGAGAUGGGAUCGACUGAGUAUUUUAUUGGAUCAAGUAGCAGAAAUGCAGGAUGAAUUAAGUUAUUUUUUAGUAGACUCUGCUGGCAAGGUGGUGACAAACCAGGAAGGAGUUUUCCGCAGCAACUGUAUGGAUUGUCUAGACAGAACGAAUGUGAUACAGAGUUUAUUAGCUCGGCGUUCCCUUCAGGCACAGCUGCAGAGACUAGGAGUUUUGCAUGUGGGACAAAAGCUUGAAGAACAAGAUGAGUUUGAGAAGAUUUACAAAAAUGCCUGGGCCGAUAAUGCUAAUGCUUGUGCCAAACAGUAUGCAGGAACCGGUGCCUUGAAGACUGACUUUACAAGAACUGGAAAAAGAACUCAGUUGGGACUGGUAAUGGAUGGCUUCAACUCAUUAUUACGGUACUACAAAAACAACUUUUCUGAUGGAUUUAGACAAGAUUCUAUAGACUUAUUUCUUGGAAACUACUCAGUGGAUGAAUUAGACUCUCACAGUCCUUUAAGUGUUCCAAGGGACUGGAAAUUCCUGGCGUUGCCUAUCAUCAUGGUUGUUGCCUUUUCAAUGUGCAUCAUCUGUUUGCUUAUGGCUGGUGACACUUGGACAGAAACACUGGCAUAUGUCCUCUUCUGGGGAGUUGCAAGCAUUGGAACAUUUUUUAUUAUUCUUUACAAUGGCAAAGAUUUUGUUGAUGCUCCCAGACUUGUACAGAAAGAAAAGAUAGACUGAAUUUGUGUUUGUGGAAAGCGGCUUGGCUUGGAAGACUCCAUGAUGCAGAACUGGAGUCUUUACUGACCUGCUUUCCACAUGAACCCCAAGGUCUUCUUAAAGCCUUUAUCCAAAAGUACCUCUUGUGAUUUGGGCUGGGUGAUAUCUUAGAAUUGAUCUGAUAUUACUGCUUUGAUGAUCUCUUUACUGUUGGGAUGGUUAUAUUUAUAAUUUGAAGCUAUAGUAUAAUUAAAAUGUAGCUUAAAUUCAGCUCACAGAACAGAAGAAAUCUAUUCACUGUCAAGUCAGAAGUUCACAGAUAAGUAAUAUAUUUUAAAAAAUUUAACUUCUUUCAUUAUUUAAAACAAAAUUAUUUUUCUAGCUCUGUUUCAUUAUUGCCAUUGUAAAGCAGUCACUGUUAGCAAGCAUUUUUUCCAUGUAUCUUUGGGCUUUUCUUAAGAGUUUAAUAAUAUGCUAAUUCUACUAUGCUUAGAGAAUGUCUCUUAAAGGUCAGGCAGUUUGCUAAGCUGUGAUUUCACAGUGAGGGAGAGGAGAAUGGGAUCUAGAGUCAUUUGAAAUUGCUUGAGCUGCUAGCAGCUUAAAUGUCAUGAAAAGUUCAGAUAUAUUUUAUCUUUUUUAAAUGGUAUAAAUGAAAUCAAAGAAUGUAAAGUCUGUCUCUUAUGCUAAAGGUCCAAAGUCACCUCUUUUUAAGAACUGCUUCAUUGUGGAAAAUACACUAGACUGCCAGCUGCUGCUUCUCAUAUCUUGUAGGAUUUUAUUAUUGGUUGCUCAUUGAGACAUGCAGACCUCAGAGAAGGUCUUGUGCUAGACUUGAUUCACACUUGGGGUAGCAGUUGCUUUUCCUGCAUGGCACUCUGGCUUUAUCACCCUGACAAGGUUUGUAUUCACUGUCAAUAAGUGUCUGAAAUUUAGUGCUUCCAGGUAGCCAUAGUUCUCCAAAUCAAGGACCAACUUUAAUUUAUGCAUAAACAGACUGAAAACCACGCUUCAGAGCUGUGCAUAGUUGUGAGACAGGUUAUAUAUUAAAAUUGUAAUUAUGAGGUUUAGAUAUUAGAACAGUGUAUAAGGUAGUAUCACUGCGCUAUCUUAGAACAAUUCAGUUAAACACUGCUAUGCUAUAUCAGUGUUUUGCUUUAAAAUAUGUGGUUUUUUUUUCUAAUAGUACCUUAUGUUAAAUAUUUCUAAAAGCGCCUUUAACAUUACCUUUUUUUCAACAUUAUCUUUUAUAAACAAUAAGUUAUUGCUUUUAGAAACUCUGGGAAAAUCCUGUGUAGUUUAAAAUCAGUCAUUAAAGCUCACUAUAGGGUAGUAAAUAGAGCCGCCUGCUCUGACACGUGUAAGCAGUUUGUUCCAAGAUGAAACAUGAAGCCACGUCUGCUGUGAUGUGCUAUUCAGAAGCUGCUGGGCAUUUUACAGUGAGCACUUCAUGCCAACACCACGUGGAACCAGUAGUGUGGCUGCUUUGCAAGGAGUAAUGUCAGAGGGUUAGGCUGCAAGUGAUCAGUGUUUGAGAGCCCUGCAGUGAUCUUGUUUAACUCAUUUACUGUACAUCCAUAUGCAAAAAUAAAAUGCCAUAUUCUUUUCUAA